AUGCAUCUAGAGGCGAAGGGCUUGCAUCCUUUCUUCUCCAAGGUGUCCAAAGAAUCUACACCCGAAGACCCGCAAUCCACCAACGCAACGAACAUUCUCGACGAAGCACACAAUGGCCCAGAACAUGAUGAGACGAUUCCUCAGUCGGUCAAGGGACGAAAGACGCGAACAAAAAAGUCUGGCACGCCGAAGGGUAGCAUGUCUAGUGAAUUCGCUACCAAGGGACAGACUUCUCUCGAGAGAUUUGCGCGCCCAAAGGCCCAGAGUGCCAGUGACCAGGCGGCGACUAAUGGUGAUAUCGUAACAGAAAUUUCGCUAGAGGCAGAUCCCAACCAUGAGCGCAGAAAGAGGCAGAAGACGGCGUCGCCACCCCUGUCGAUACAACCGCAAUCCUCAUCGCAACCACUGCACCGACAUUUAGACUGGCAUCACCAAUUGCAAGUGGAAGCUGAGAAUCAAACGAACGAAUCGAGAGAAGUUUCGCUUGUAUACGAAGCCGAGAGCGGGGAAACCCACAUGGAUGUUCAAAAGCCUGUAUCGCUGUCAAGACUCGACGACCGUGCAGUAGCUUCAGACGCUGAGCUAGUUGCCAACCUGGCAGAGAAUGCGACACCUGAAAUGCGUCAAACACCCCCCAAAAAGCAGAUCAAGGUCACUCAGAGUGGGAAACUGGUAUCUAGUCCACCCAAGCCUGUGCUAGAGUCGCCCAAGAAGAGACGUGGCCGACCACGAACCAAAGUCAAAAUCUCCCCUACAGUGACUGUGAUCAAGUAUGGUUCCAUGUCAGACCUCAAUAGCAGAACAGCUCUUGGUAAAAAAAUUGAAGAAAUACUAAACGGACCGAGACGGCCUGGGAGACGUGCUCCCAAGAUCAAAGUAGCCACCACCAAGCCUACAGGUCCCUCCAAACCUCCUCAUCCCUUCUUCACAGGCAAGAAAGAUGAUCCGCCUGCCAAAUCUGCUGUUCAGCAACUACCUCCUGCCCCGCGAAAGAGCGCAUGCACACCGGGUAAGUUGCGUGCUGAGACUCGUCGUGAUCAAUCACCGGAGGACUUACCAGCUUUUGGGAUAAACGGAAAGAGGGCGCGUGGAAAUAAACAGUCUGGACUAUACGAAGCCUCUUGGCCAACAAGAGAAACAGCUCACGUCCGCAAUUCGACCAGUCCCCGUCCAAUGCGAUGUCAAAUUGAGACGGUGCAAUUGGGGCUAAGGCCUCGCAAGAUGAAGAAUGCUGUUGUUCAACUAUCACAAGAUGAAGAGCUAGUCUCACGAUUGGCGCGAAACCUUUGCAAUAGUCUGCAGGACACAUCGAGACAGCACUCCUCUACCUUUGAGCCACCUCAAGACGUUCGAUUACCCACACGACUACUCACCACGAGCACGGAUAUAUCGCGCAGAGUACGUGCGCAAGUUAUGACUUGCCUAGGAGACCAUGCCACACAAGAAUUACAGCCGGGGUGCAGCCCUGCAGUGGCUAAGUUGUACUUCGACAUCCACAAAUCUCUAACGCCUUUUGAUGAGGGAAAGUGUGAAAGUCAGACAUGGAACCAGAAGUACAGCCCCCAAUCCACUGAGAACAUUUUGUACAACUUCGAACAGGCGAGGACUCUGAAGAAUUGGCUAGAAAGCCUGACGGUCAUGGCGGUUGGCGGCGCGCUCAAGACCUCUGUGUUAUCUGAUGCUAAGCAGCCACCACGUAAGAAGCGGAAAAAGGCUGCGGACGAUUUCAUUGUCUCCGAUAAUGAGGUAGAACCUGAAGAAAUGAUCGAGCUUCCCCAUGCGGCAGUCAUGUCUCACAUGAGAUCUUUACGAGUAUCACGGUGGACCAGAGACAAAAAUGUUGUCCUUGUCAGCGGGCCUCACGGCUGUGGAAAGAGCGCUAUGGUGCAUGCUGUUGCCAAAGAGUUGGGGUUUGAGGUGUUCGAGAUCAAUUCUGGCAUGCGCCGGGCAGGUAAAGAUAUUCAGGACAAAGUGGGCGACAUGACGGCAAAUCAUCUCGUUAAUCACAAACGGGCCGUAUCAUCGAUCAAAGAGGACCUUGGUACAGCCGAAAAUACAGAUACUGAGCAGUUUGAUUCCGUUCUGCAAGACGACAUUGCCAGUGGGCGUCAAGGCACAGUGACUUCCUUCUUCCAGGCAAAGCCCGCAGGGAAACCAAAGCAUGUUUCCAGACCCAGGAGCUCCAUUCCGAAAACGCAAGAUGCGAAGAAGAAAAUGGCGCCUGCCGCGCAAGCCGUGUUGCCCCUGAUUGCAGAAGCCCGCACAUCCCAGAAACAGUCUCUCAUCUUCUUUGAGGAGGCAGACAUUCUUUUUGAGGAGGACCAGCAGUUCUGGGCUCAGGUCACAAAGCUCGCGCUCAGUUCAAAAAGGCCUAUCGUCAUCAGCUGCAACGACGAAACACAAAUCCCGGCCUAUGAUCUACCACUAGCGGCUAUGCUUCGUCUCCAACCACCUCCAAUCGACCUUGCAAUUGACUACCUGCUAGUGCUUGCUGGUAAGGAGGGUCAUAUCCUGGAACGCAAGGCCGUGGAGGAUCUAUACAAAUCGAGGAACCAUGACCUCCGCGCGAGCAUCAAUGAACUGGACUUUUGGUGCCAGAUGUCUGUUGGUGAUAGAAAAGGUGGACUGGAGUGGAUGUACCAACGCUGGCCACCCGGGAAAGACUGCGAUGAGCACGGUGACACUUUGAGGGUGGCUAGUGAGGGUACGUAUCAACCUGGAAUGGGAUGGUUAUCCCAUAACAUUUUUGAGGCACAAGCACACACUGCGUUCGACAAAGAGGAAGAGCUCUUGAAGGAAGUCUGGAGAGAUUGGGGCAUCAGUCCAAACGAAUGGACUUUGCCUGUGGAUAGCUCCAGCCAACACUGCACUAAUCAAACCCCCAUCCCGCCCUCAAACUUGGCUAUGCUCGGACGCCUCGACGACUUUGUCGACUCCCUCAGCGCAGCAGACGUAUACUCUCGCAUCGGCCUGCCAACCUAUCCCCACCACCACCUCGAACCCACGGACCCAACCCUCCCCCCCAUCCCCGACAAGACACGCCUAAGCUACACCCUCUCCGCGCCCCUUCUCCAAGUCGAUCCCCGCACCGACUUCUCCUCCCUCGACACAGGCCUAUACAUCCAAUCCCGCCUCCUCCUUUCCCGCGCAUACCCAGAAUUCUCACCAUCCCCCCCUUCCCCUUCCAACACCAACGCCACCGCCACGGAAACAGCCUACACAGAUUCAAUCCUCGCAAGCAAAAACAUCUCCCCACAUCCCCACAUCUUGACCCGCUCCGUCUUCGCCUCCGCCCUCGACCCCCUCGCCGCACCACCCGACGCACCACUCACGGAACGCAGCUCCUACAAUCUCACACCCUCCUCAUUCGACCGCACAUUCAGCAUCGUCACCCUCGACCUCGCGCCCUAUGUCCGCAGCAUCGUCGCACACGAACGCCAUCUCGAGACAAAGCGGGCGCGCGUAAACGGCCUGCUCUGCCUAGGCGGAGCCCAAAAAAGAGGCCGCAGCACGAGGGCAGCGCGCACGGCGAUGGAGGGCGGGAUUAGAGAGACUAAGAGGAGGGAACGCUGGUUCGAGGGCGUCGAGCUGGAUGCCGAUCAGGUGCUUGGAACGGCGGGGGAGGGCUGGGCGGGUAUGGGCUGGAUAGAUGAAGACGGUGGUAGUGGGGAGGGACGGAGCGAGAGGGAAGGUAGUCUGAGUGCUGUGCUUGAUGGGGGGAAUAGCGAGCACGUGCUGGAUGCUGGACAUGUUGCAAGUGCAGGCCAGGAUGUGCUUAUGCAGGACCGCGCAGUAACCGGGCGGGAAAUCACGCUGGAUUCCUCGCAACCGCAAUGA